UGCUCGGCAGGAAGAGAGUGAACAUUCUCAUAAACAUUUAAUUGAACUCAGCCGGGAAUUUAAGAAAAAUGUACCUGAGGAAAUCAGAGAGAUGGUGGCUCCUGUCUUACAGAGCUUCCAAGCAGAGGUGAUUGCGCUUAGUAAAAGAAGCAAGGAGACUGAGACGGCUUUCCUCAGUGUUUACAAGCAAUUAAUUGGAGCACCAGACCCUGUUCCUGUCCUGGAGGUGGCGCAGAGCUCAGAAGAGAGGCUGCAGCAGGUCCAGUGCCUCAACCCCGAGAACCCACCCCUGAAGGAGCUCAAUAGGCAGCGGAAGAAGCAUCCAGAGCUCCUUGGCACCAAAGAGCAAAGAGGGGGAACGUCUCCAGCUGGGCUCACGGUGUCAGAGGGAGCCAGGCUCACUAGCAUCAGCAGCAAAGCACUUUUCACAGACACCUUGCUGCAGAGAAAUGAAGCCGAAAACCAGAAGGGACUACAGGAAGCCCAGAUCACUUUGGCGGCUAGGCUGGGGGAAGCAGAAGAAAAGAUCAAAGUGCUACAUGCAGCGCUAAAGGCGACCCAGACGGAGCUGCUCGACCUGCGGUGUAAAUAUGAUGCAGAGGCGGCUUCAAAGGCAGAUGAAGUAGCAAUGAUCAUGACAAACCUUGAAAAAGCCAAUCAGCGAGCGGAAGCAGCCCAGAAGGAGGUGGAGAGCCUGCGGGAGCAGCUCGCAUCUGUAAAUAGUUCCAUUCGCCUGGCCUGUUGCUCUCCACAAGGGCCCAGCAGGGAUAAAGUGAACUAUUCGCUGUGCUCAGGGCCUAGGCUCGAGGCUGCGCUGGCAGCAAAGGACCGGGAGAUUCUCCGACUCCUCAAGGACAUUCAGCAUCUCCAGAACUCUCUGCAAGAGCUGGAAGAGUCCUCGGCCAACCAGAUCGCAGACCUGGAGCGGCAGCUCACGGCCAAGAAUGAAGCAAUCGAAAAGCUGGAAGAAAAAUUGCAGGCCCAGUCUGACUACGAGGAGAUUAAAACUGAGCUGAGCAUCCUGAAGGCCAUGAAGCUGGCAUCUGCUAACUGCAGCCUUCCCCAGAGCAUAUCAAAAUCGGACGAGGCGCUGCUUCUAGACAAAGAAUCUUUCUAUUCAUCCCAGAAAUACCUUUUGGAAAAGCCAAAUCUCUUAGCCAACACUGAGGAGGAUCACUCUGAGGACGAGUUGGUGAAGGAUUCCGUGGGCCCGGAGCAGUCCUACCCCUCUCCCCAGCAGCUCUCUCAGCCCCCCGGGGAAGACCCUGCCUCCCUCAGCCCCCUCCAGCCUCUGCUGAUCCCCACCAUGGCCCAGGAAGCCCAGAGGACUUUCUCGUUGUCCCCUUUCCCCAGCAUGGCUGCGGGCGAGCGGCUGCCGAUGGACGCCUUGCUCCCCAAGCAAAUGGUUCCGCCAGCAUACAAGAGCGAGAAUGGCAGCAUGCUGGCCUUCCCCUCCCCCUUCUACACAGCCAAAGGCCCCCUGCUGCCCACCAACCCCAGCCACGCUGCCUCCGCCAGCGACUCGAGCCCUCCCAGCGACCAGUCGGAAGGCAGCAGCGCCAGCUCAGCCGACGAGGAGCAGCUGGACACGGCCGAGAUCGCCUUCCAAGUCAAGGAGCAGCUGCUGAAACACAACAUCGGGCAGCGCGUCUUUGGCCAUUACGUCCUGGGGCUCUCGCAGGGCUCCGUCAGCGAGAUCCUGGCCAGGCCCAAGCCCUGGCGCAAGCUGACAGUGAAGGGGAAGGAGCCGUUCAUCAAGAUGAAGCAGUUCCUCUCUGACGAGCAGAACGUGCUGGCGCUGAGGACCAUUCAGGUGCGCCAGCGAGGUAGCAUUACGCCGAGGAUUAGAACUCCAGAAACCGGCUCUGACGAUGCCAUCAAAAGUAUCCUGGAACAAGCGAAGAAGGAGAUUGAGUCUCAGAAGGGAGGUGAAACCAAGAGCUCGGCUGCUCCCCAGGUGGUCAGCAACAGCAACUCGGAAGAGGCCAUUAAAAGCAUCCUGGAGCAGGCCCGGCGGGAGAUGCAGGCCCAGCAGCAGGCCCUGCUGGAGAUCGAGUCCGGCAGCAGGCCCAUGGCCACGCCGCCCACAGAGCGCUCCACCUUGGCCGCCGUCAGCCAGAACAUUGUCCAGGCCUACAUCAAGCAGGAGGAGGGGACGCUGGGCACCAGCUCCAGCUCCACGCAGACCCCCCUGACAGUGCUCUCCCCCGCCGCCUUCGUGCAGAGCAUCAUCCGCAAGGUCAAGUCGGAGAUAGGCGACGCCGGCUCCUACUUCGACCAGCACUGGGCGUCGGAGAGGAGCCUGCUCAGCCGGCCCUACACCUCGGUGUCGCCCUCCCUCUCCUCGUCCUCCAGCUACUCCAGCCUGGCCAACGGGCGGGCCUGGCCACGGGGGGAGCCCAGCGAGGAGGAGCUGGCUGCGGGCGAGGACGAGCCCCACAAGGCCGUGGAGAUGAAGUCCGAAGGGGCCAGCGCAGAGCCACAGAGUGCCAGCCGCCUCUCCUAUUACCCGACGUAUGUCCCACGCACCCUCAAGCCAACCGUCCCACCGCUGACACCAGAGCAGUACGAAAUGUAUAUGUACAGGGAGGUGGACACCCUGGAGCUGACCAGGCAGGUGAAGGAGAAACUGGCCAAGAAUGGAAUCUGCCAGAGGAUCUUCGGGGAAAAGGUGCUGGGCUUGUCCCAAGGAAGUGUGAGUGACAUGCUGUCCAGGCCCAAACCAUGGAGCAAGCUGACCCAGAAAGGCCGGGAACCAUUUAUCAGGAUGCAGUUGUGGCUUACCGAUCAGCUUGGCCAAGGGAUCAGCCAACAACCAAACCCGCCACAGGCCAGCCCUGGGGAGACCCAGUCUUCCCCCUCCCCACCGCCCAGCCCUUUGGAGCAAGUCAAAAGCCCCCCGGAGCCACUCACUCUAACUCUGGAGAGCAGCAAAGAAAAUCAGCAACCGGAGAGCAGGUCGGCCUCAUCACUGAGUGGGAAGAUGUGUCCCAACAGCCAAGCACCCGUGGGCAUCCAGGAAAUCGUCGCCAUGUCGCCCGAACUAGACACUUACUCCAUCACCAAGAAGGUCAAAGAAGUGUUAACGGACAACAAUCUAGGCCAGCGGCUGUUCGGGGAGAGCAUCCUGGGCCUGACGCAGGGCUCAGUUUCCGACCUCCUCUCCAGACCCAAGCCGUGGCACAAGCUGAGCCUGAAGGGCAGGGAGCCCUUCGUCCGCAUGCAGCUCUGGCUCAAUGACCCUCAUAACGUCGACAAGCUCCGUGACAUGAAGAAACUGGAGAAGAAAGCUUAUCUGAAGCGUCGCUAUGGGCUGAUCAGUGCCAGCUCCGACAGCGAGUCUCCCAACACCCACUCCGAGUGCACCAGCCCCAGCCUCCAGCCCCAAGACCUCAGCCUUCUCCAGGUCAAAAAGCCCCGGGUGGUCCUAGCUCCAGAAGAGAAGGAGGCCCUGAAGAAGGCCUACCAGCUGGAGCCAUACCCAUCCCAGCAGACCAUCGAGCUGCUCUCCUUCCAACUGAACCUCAAGACCAACACGGUCAUCAACUGGUUCCAUAACUACAGGUCCCGGAUGCGCCGGGAAAUGCUGGUGGAAGGGGCCCAAGACAACGACACAGACCUGGAGCCGAGCAGCUGUGGGAGUGUCGUGCCUGGCAGCAAUUCGCACAGAGUCCCUAACCCGCUGAGCCCUGAUUCGGAGGGGGAGGACAGGAAGCCCGUCUUCAGAGACACGAAGCACAGAGGGCCGAGCGAGACCCUGAUCAGGGUCAAGCAGGAGCAGAUGGAGGUGGGGGAGAAGGGCGACCGUUACAAUCACCGGGACUCUUGCAGCCUGGAGCGGGAGACGGAGCACAUGGUGGCCUCCAUCCAGCAUCCCCGGCUUCUCAAAGAAGAGGAGGUAGAUGCCGCCUGUGCAGAGGCCACUCAGGACACUCCCCAAAGCACUGCCAGCCUCACCAGGAGCAGCGCUUUGUACAGCACAGCGCACGCCGCUGGCACUCCCGACUGCUCUGCCCUUCAUCCACCCCAGGAAUCAGAAGGUGGAGAGCGGCUGCACCCUGACCCCAUUAGCUUUAAAUCCGCCUCGGAGUCCUCCCGCUGCAGCCUAGAGGUCUCUCUGAACUCGCCCUCAGCUGCCUCCUCUCCGGGCCUCAUGAUGUCCGUCUCGCCAGUCCCAUCCUCCUCUGCUCCCAUCUCUCCGUCACUGCCAAACACCACCUCCGCCAAGGUGCAGAGUUCAAGUCCUGCCGCAGAUACGGGCUCUUUACAGCAGAGUGUCAAGCUGAACACAACCAUCCAGCGGAGACAUGAGAAAAUGGCCAACCUCAACAACAUCAUCCACAGGCUAGAAAAGGCAGCCAAUCGGGAGGAGUCCCUGGAGUGGGAAUUCUGAACAGCUGGGCGGCAGCUGAAGAACAAGGAUCUGAUUGGUUGCUUUUGUUGGUGACAGUUAUAAACUUUCUGGAACACGUUGAUGGAACAGGGAGCCCUACUGGCGUAUAUAUAUAAAUAUAUAUGUAUAUUUUGUUAAUUUCAUCACAUGCUGAGGACAAAAGAAAAACCCAUUUGGUUAAUAAGAAAGGGAAGGAAAAACAGCACGUAGCUUCUGAAUCUUCACACCUGAUGAAAGGGAACAAAAAUAAAUAAAACCUGAGCUUUGUUUUAAAUGUGAAAAACUGGAUACACUUUUAGAAAAAAAAUAUUUAUAGACCUCUUUUAGAUAUUUUAAUAAAAGGAUACUUUGGAAUUUAUUAACAGCUUAAGCUGUUUUGAUAUUAAAGAUAGCUAUAAAAUCAAGAUGAUGUAGCAGUUGUGUCAUUAAAUGUACACUGAAGUCUUGUAGUUUGCCACUGGAAGAGAUUAAAAAAAAAACGACUUAUUGAUCAAAGCCAUCGAGAAGCACUAUAAGACUGACCAAAUUUAAUAAACUUUUGACUAGCGGUUUUUCCACAUUUGUCUGUAAGACACUGCAUUGCUACUCUCCGUUCCAGAGACUGUGGUAUAGUCCGUGAAGACUCUAAAUUGAAACCCUUGAUGCCAUCGAGUAUAUAUUUAAUUCUGGUGGUAUGUUUUGAACCCUUUGUAACACAGAAUGUCACGUGCAGUUGUAUAUGUUGUAGAAAAUGUCUGCAAUAGCCUUCCUGAACAAGCUGUAGCAUGGUCCCUAACCAAUUCCUUCCACUUCCUCUCAUGCAUAACCCGUGACAAACCGAAAAGAACGAAACAAUUUCAGCGGUUGGCGGCAAAGUUUUCUGUCCGUUUGAAAAACAAACAAAAAAAUGAAAUAACCCAUAUCUCUGAUUUUGAGAGGGAGAAGGGAAAGGUUCAUGGGUGCAAAAUGUCUUUUGACGUGUCUGGUUUGAUAGUAACGUACAUUAACAAUGAUCAUGACAUCACAAGAUUUUUUUUUAUGCAUGAGCAUCACCUCCUUUGGUGAAUGGGCGUCGGCCAGCAGGACACGUUAACUCUGAGCUUUCAAUGCCAGUGCUUGAGGGCAAGCACUCAAAAACCAGAAACCACUGGCUCGCCUCCGGAGUCGGAAUCUGUUUGUUUUUACCUUAGGCAGUUCCAGCUUUUGAGGCAGAAGCACCUUUAUGUUGCUAGAUUUUGGGCUCUAGAAAGAGUGCCAAGGAAUGAGGAUUAUCCUCCAGGUUUGAAUCCGUCAGCAAAUGGCUUUCUUUACAUGUUAUGGCUUCUGCAUGUCAAAUAGGUCCUCAACUGUUCUCUACAGCAACACUUGGUUGAAGUUACAGCCUAAGGCCAACCGCCUUCCCCCCGCACUGAGUGAAGGGUAUAAAUUCUGGACAGUAGAAAGGCAGUGCUGCAGCACCUAGGGGCACUUGCUUCCACCCCACCGCCACUUUGCAGUGGGCGCCGUUACAACAAAUUGCCCUCUGGUACCAACAGUGUCUUCCCGUGCUUAGAUAGGAGGUCCUUGGUAAUCGACCAGGGCCCUGAUUCAGCAAAGCCCUUUUAAGCACAUGCUUUGACUUCAGUAAAGCCUAAGCAUGCGUGUGAAGUUACGUGUCAGUGUGUAGCUGAACUGCGGCCUUCGGGCCUGAUCCAGAGCCACUGAAGAGUGCAGGAGUCUUGCCAUUGAUUUCCAGGGGCUUUGGAUCAGGCUUUCAUUACAGAGAGGCACAUGCUGAGUUAUCAGCCAUCGGACCAGACAUUUUAGCAGCAUCAGUUGCGUGUAUAUCUCUGUGCUGUUGAAUUGCCCCUGCAAUGGAUUUUUCUCCCAUUCUCGCAGCUAAAGACUGUUGAAUAGACCAAGAUCUAUCUUAAUCUGUGCCAGUGAUCAAGCCCCGGCUAAUGCGAUGCCUUUCAAAGAAGACUGGUUUAAAUGAAUUGUGUUGGUUUGUUCAGUGCUGGGCGGGGGCUUUUAACAGCCUUUGGCAAGGACCAGAAUGCAGCAUGCAAAGACCUACCCGUUCCCUCCCUUCACAGAUGCAGCCAGUUAAAAAUCUCCACACCGAAUGGCAACUGAAGUGUCGUGAGCGCACAUCUGCCAGGCACAGAGGCGAUGCAUGGAAUACUUUUCCACUGUAUACAUUUUUAUCAGAAUAGAAGGUAUUUUUAUACUUGGGUGGUAAUUAAUGACCAAUUUUAAAAGCAAAUCCAUUUGACUCCAUGACAGCCAGGAUCCAUCUGCCAUAUUUUAGCAACCAUAGCACUGUAUGAACAAGUGAGAGCUUGUCUAACGGAACAAUUUGUACGGUUUCAAACCCCAACAUGCCAUAGAAGGGCGAGGCAUACACGCUGACUACUAUUCUUAGUGUGCUAGUUGUUAGCUUUAGUGGAACGGGAUUUGAUUAAGCACUUAGUCUAGUCUUUUGAACACAGAAAUCCUGUUGUACUAAAAGCUAGUGGGACAUGUUGAUCACUUUUUGUUAGGCUCAUGUACUAUACUGAAAAAGUUUCUAUGAGAUUGAUGAACUUUGUUAAAAAUUUUAAAAGGAACAAGUUCUGUAAAGAGCCACUAAAUACAGAAGUUGUAUAAUAACUUUGGUGUUUCGGUCUGUUGUGUUCUGAGUUGUUCUGAAGCAAUCCCUUUCCUCCCUCAUCUCCCUGCUUUCUGAACCUGCAAGGAGUUAGUUUUUGAUGACACAACACACCAUGGAUAUAUGAUGUGUCAUGUCUAGGGCCCAGCUGCAUCCUGUACAGUCCUCCCCCAGUGCUGCGCUAGGGAUGGGUUGAACCAAACCCCUCGCUCCAAACAGCCGUGGACCCGGAGCAGCGUUCAGAAUCCAACUGUGGAGCUGGAUUUGAAUUCUGCAACCAUCCCCAAGCUAACCAUGGCACAAACUAACCCCCAACAGCCAACCCGCCCCAAAUCCAAAGCCCAGGGGCCAUCUCUACCGACACCUUGUCUUUCCACAAGCAGUUCACGCUGCGCUUCCGCUGCAGGGAUGUUCCAGCUGCUAGCCGGCCAGCAGGGUCAGGCAAAGCCAAAUCCCAGCCAUGCUCAUGCUAUGAGCUCCGGAGGCCCAAAGAAAGCGAUGAAGCGAGGCGCAGAGGCUUUGGAUUAGCAGGCGUUGCCGUUCUCUUGUGUUGGGCUUUGGUCAUUCGUUCCCCAUUCUCCCCCUGCCCCCAGCACACCCGAAAACGAACACUGGCCACCCAAGAGACAGCAGCGGUGAGGUAGCAGGAGCUGCACAGCUCCGGAGGGAGAACAAGCAGCAGCAUCUCUAGCGCGGCAGUGUGAGAGACAAAGCAAUUCCUGCUGCAUGGAGCAUGGCUACAGCCUAGGGCAAUGUCUUUCCCGCCUCCCUGCAGGGAGCCAGCCCCACCUGUGUUUGCACCUCAGCAUGGAGCUGCCUUUCUGCUCGGGCUCACAGCUCAUUUUCCUGUAUCGCUCGCCUCUGGGCUUUACCCUCCUGACGCGGAUGCUGCGGUUCACACUGGCAUAGAUCCCACCUGUGCUGCCACCAUCUCGGGCACAGCAUCAAGGCUACUCCCGCUGGAUUUCCCCCUUCAUGGGCUACCAAGAGCACCUGGCUUCAGGCUGCCGGCUCCCACAAUCAUCCAUAACCUUAAUGUGACCAGGGCAUUCAAGGCGAUUGCCCUGUCAGUUACAGGUCGUCUCAGAGGCCCAGUCGCUGAUUGGCUGCUAGAUGCUUCACAAAUGCACAAUGGGGGAUGCUCUGUAAUGGGGCGGGCUGCCCCCUGGAAGGGCCGGGAAGCAGCCAGCCCCGUUCUGAAGAGGAGCCCAGCAGGCAGGUGCUGGGAAUCGCCUGUCCCAGCUGGAUAGCAUCAGGUGAUUGGAGCUAAGCUAGCUAGGAGAUAUAAACAAGGGCCCCGGCAACCUGUGCAUGCCUGGGCCCAGGGGAGGGCUGGAGGAUGCUCUCUGGGGACUGUGAUGAGGACUGGGAAAGAGCAGGCAGACCUUGUGAACACCCCAGGCUGGGAAAUUACCUGCCCAGUAAGCUGAUGGAGGCCUGAGGGUCCCAUGGGCUAGGAGGGGCACUUCAUAUUACUUGAUCUUAUGAACAUAAGAAUGUCCAGAC